GCUGCCACGGCUGGUCCACCCGUCCGCUCUCCGAAUACUCCUUUCCGCCUCCGGCUCCGGCUCAGCGUCGCAUGCCCGCCGCCGCCGCCGUUCUGCCCCCGCCGCCGGCCGCCGCGCCGCUGCCCCGCCCGUGCGCCCCGUGGCGGCCGUGGUCGCCGUCCACCUCUUCAGCCAGGGAGGAGGGAUCUGGGUGGCGGUUGCUGCGGCGUGGGCGUGGGAGGAGGAGGAGCGGAGGGGCGAUGGCGCGGCCGCCGAUCCUCUCCGUCGCGCUGCCGUCCGACACGGGCCGCGUGCUCAGCAUCCAGUCCCACACCGUCCAGGGAUAUGUUGGCAACAAAUCAGCUGUCUUUCCGCUGCAACUUCUCGGUUUUGACGUCGAUCCGAUAAACUCUGUACAGUUUUCUAACCAUACAGGAUACCCAAAAUUUAGAGGACAGGUUCUCAAUGGCAAUCAGCUGUGGGAUAUUAUUGAAGGGCUGGAGGAAAAUGAAUUAUUGCACUAUACCCAUCUGUUAACAGGUUAUAUCGGGUCUGUUUCCUUUCUAAAUACAGUGCUACAAGCCGUCGACAAAUUACGAUCAGUCAAUCCUGAUCUUAUAUAUGUUUGCGACCCAGUUUUAGGUGAUGAAGGCAAACUUUAUGUUCCUCAAGAAUUAAUAUCUGUUUAUCAACAGAAGGUUGUGCCAGUCGCUUCAAUGCUUACACCAAACCAAUUUGAAGUUGAACUGCUCACGGGAUUGAGAAUUAUCUCUGAACAAGAUGGUUUGAAAGCUUGCAAUACCCUCCAUAGUGCUGGACCACGGAAGGUCAUAAUAACUAGUGCACUUAUUGAAGACAAACUGCUCCUCAUCGGAAGUUACAAAAAAACAGAGGGACCGCCAGAACAAUUUAAGAUCGAGAUACCCAAAAUACCUGCAUAUUUCACGGGCACGGGAGAUUUAACGACUGCUCUUUUACUAGGAUGGAGCAAUAAAUACCCCGAUAACCUCGAGAGAGCGGCAGAACUGGCAGUAUCCAGUUUGCAGGCACUCCUAAGAAAAACUGUUGAAGACUAUAAGAGGGCAGGCUUUGACCCAUCAACCAGCAGCUUAGAGAUCCGGUUGAUUCAAAGCCAGGAUGAGAUCCGAAGCCCACAGGUUACAUGCAAUGCAGUCAAGUAUAGCUGAUCACAGAGUAAUUGUGACGAGCAUCGUCAAUGGUCACAAAUUUGAGAUGUGAAAACUGUUAUAGUUCAUGGAGGAGAAAUGAUCUUGGAACUGAUUUUGGACUGCGGGAAGCAUCCCUGGAUCUUCAACAGUUCCACCUGCCCUGUCAUCUUUGUCCUGAAGAUUGGAUAUGCUUUCUUGAUUUGAUCUCGGGACACUAUUUAUAGUUCACCAUACUUCCAAAACCUUACGGGAUCCAAUUCUGGAGGACAAUAAUACAACGUGCAACAUGCAACUUUUGUACAAUUUGUCAUUCUGUUUGCUUUUGUACAAGAGGUUAGUUGCAUAUUGAAGCUUUAUUGUGUCACAACAGCAGUUCUUUUGAGAUGCCUCUGUAACUUCUUCAAUCACGUGUUCUGUAACUUAUUUGUGAUUACUUGACGAGUGAUUCGGAUUCCAUACAGCAACUUGCAUUAGUAUUAUCUGAACUCAGUUGCUAUGCAUUCCUAUUUCCACAGAAAAUAGUAAAGCAUCAUUAUUAUUUUUCCA